AUGUCGUUCUCUCCUCAGGUUGUGGGGCCGAUUGAUCUUCCAGCUUCCAUAUUUGUCGUCACUGAGGUAAUGUCCCUUUUACCAGAAGAUAUCCUUUUAGAGAUACUCUCCCGACUACCUGGAAAGGCGCUGUUCCGAUGCAAGAGUGUGUGCAAACUGUGGAGAGCUCUAAUUUCUAACCCUAGUUUUGUACUCUCUGCCGCCGGAAGAGAACGUGCAAUUAAUGGCUUUUCACCCUACGGUAUGAAAUCCAUGAAUUUCUGUUCAAUAGAUGAUGAUCUUACUGUAGUAAAGCUUCCCAAUCCAACUGGUAAAGUCCCGUCUGACUAUGAUAAAUUUAGAUUCCUUGGUAGCUGUGAUGGUUUGAUUCUCUUUUAUGCUGACGAGAGUAUCUACUUGUGGAAUCCAUUGACGAGUUGUUGUCGCGAAUUGACUCAACUCGGUGCUUUAGCUCACAGAUUACAAGCUCCUUCACUAUGUCGCGCCACAUUGUCUGGAUUUUGUUUUGACAAAGCUUCCAAUGAUUACAAACUAGUGGUAGUGACUCCACCCUUUUCCCGCUAUUGUAGGUUAUUUGAUCAGUGUGUUUUUGUUGCUAGUUUAAAGAAGAGGGAAGUGUGUAUGGACAUUAGGUUUCCUUAUGAUUUCGGCUUCUUCAAUGGUGAUAGCGGUUACAUGGGUGCUUUAGUGAGUGGGCAUUUACAUUGGCUAGUGCACAAACAGAAACAGGAUCAUGAGCAGGUUAUCAUCUAUUUCGACCAGGAGAGAAACCAAUUUAGAGAAAUGCCAAUGCCUAUAGAUCAUGAGCAUGGUUUCCGCUAUGUUGGACUUACUAAUUUAUAUGGAUGCCUUUCCGUAUCUAGGGCUACAAGGUUAUUUGGUCAUGGAGACCGUGGUUUUUCCGGAUAUGAUGAUGAUUUUUUAAUCAUGAGAGAAUAUGGUGAUAACCUUUCAUGGACUAAAUUACUCACCAUGAAUGGGUGUCUAGUACCCCUUCACACUAGGAUUUCCAACAAACUAGUUUUGAUUACAUACGAUCACUCUCUAUACUCAUACAAUUUUGAAAGUAAGAGCUGUCAGAAAAUGGAGAUCCUACGAAACCAUGAGGCUCGUGCGGGUCCUUUGAUGUUCACAGAAAGUUUGGCAUCAGUUGAUGCCAUACUGCAGGCAUGA